ACAGUGUCACAUAACCUCGACAAAGUUACAAAGCUUUAUUCUCCUUCCGCCUACCAAACGUGUGGCCGGUUUCCUAUCCGCUUUUCAUCGAUUGAUGGGCGGUAUUUGUUUUUUAUACAAAAGUACAACUAAUAAUCGCCAAAAUUCAGUCCCCGUCGGGAACCCCGGAAGUGAACAGCGGCGGGAUGAAAGAGCCCGAAGCUGAUCCAAAAAAUAUUAUCAAGAGUCGCGAACUCUUGUACAGGCUAAUUAUCAGCCAAUUGUUCUACGAUGGACAUCAAACUUUAGCAGUACAAUUAUCAAAUUUAACGCAAGCUGAGCCACCAUGUCCACCAUCAGAUCGUCUCCUGUAUUUGACUCUGUUGGGCAUGUCGCACGAGCCGGACAGAACCAAAAAGGAAAGCAAUCAACAGAAUUCACAAACUUUUACAAACUAUGACAACACCCUGGGACCUGGAUUAGAUCUUGAAUUUGAAACUGAAGCACAGACACAGGCACCAGAGCCGGCACAGUACGAAACAGCUUAUGUAACAUCGCACAAGGGAAAUUGCAGGGCCGGUGCAUUUUCGGCUGAUGGUCAAUUGAUAGCAACAGGUUCGGUUGAUGCCUCGAUAAAGAUUCUCGAUGUUGACAGAAUGUUGGCAAAAUCAGCACCUGACGAAAUGGCACCGGGUGAUCAGGGCGGUGGUCAUCCUGUAAUUCGUACACUCUAUGAUCAUUUGGAAGAAGUAACUUGUCUUGAAUUCCAUCCCAGAGAAUCGAUACUCGUUUCGGGUAGUCGUGACUUUACUGUCAAACUUUUCGACUUCAGCAAAGCUAGCGUUAAGAAAGCAUUUCGCACGAUAACCGAUGCUGAUCAAAUAAGAUGCUUAUCGUUUCAUCCUAGUGGUGAUUAUCUCGUUGUCGGUACGAAUCAUCCCGUUGUACGUUUGUACAACGUAAAUACUGCUCAAUGCUUCGUUUGCAGUAUACCGAGUCAUCAACACACAGCUGGUAUAACAAGCAUCAAAUAUGCCCUUGAUGCUAAAACCUAUGCUUCGGCUGGCAAAGACGGUAGUAUCAAAUUGUGGGACGGUGUUUCGCACAAGUGUAUCAAUACUUUUGUCAAAGCCCACGACGGAUACGAAGUAUGCUCGGUUACAUUCACGAGAAACGGAAAGUAUCUUCUCUCAUCUGGAAAAGAUUCACUGAUCAAAUUGUGGGAAUUGUCGACGAGCCGAUGCUUAAUUGCUUACACGGGUGCUGGAACAACCGGCAAGCAAGAACACAAAGCUCAAGCAAUUUUCAACCACACGGAAGACUACGUAAUGUUCCCGGACGAGGCGACGACUUCGCUUUGUGCGUGGAAUUCGCGUAAUGCAUCGCGUAAACAAUUAUUGUCAUUGGGGCAUAAUGGGCCAGUACGAUUGAUCGUUCAUUCUCCAACGGCACCAGCUUUUUUGACUUGCAGUGACGAUUUCAGAGCCAGAUUUUGGUUUAGAAGGAUGCCCACUCAUUAAGAUCGCGGAUGAAUUAUUGAUAAUUAUUUUUAUACAAGUUUGCUCAUAAGUAUUGAACAAGAUUUUUCUUCCCAUACUUGUUUUUCGGAUUCAAAUGAAAACUAUUGAUCGAUUCGGUAAAUUGGUAAAAAAAAGAAAAAGAAACCGUUACCUUUCCAUGGAUAAACCCGUAAAGAAAAUGCGACAUGUGUAUUUGUAUUUAUUAUUAAAAUCGAGUAGAUGGAAGAAACUAA